AUGCCUGCUGAUCGACAUGAGUUCAUCUUUCUUAAAUAUUUCCUUUGCGGAGGCUUUGGUGGAAUGUGUACAGUUGUGGUCGGACAUCCUUUCGACACAAUUAAAGUGAGAGUGCAAACUAUGCCCAAACCACGCCCAGGAGAAAAACCACUUUACACCGGAACUGUGGACUGCGCGAAGAAAACACUUGCGGCCGAAGGAAUUCGAGGACUAUACAAAGGUAUGGGGGCGCCGUUCGUGAUAGUGGUACCGAUAUUUUCAAUAAGAUUUUUUGCUUUUGGCAUUGCCAAAAAAAUCCAAAACUAUCAGAAUGCACCACUGUCGCUACCUCAAUUAUACGGGACUGGGGCCUUGUCAGGACUCUUUACGACGGUGGCAAUGACUCCUGGAGAGAGAAUCAAAUGCUUACUUCAGAUUCAACGACUGGAGAAAGGACCUCCUAAAUACAGCGGCCCGGUGGAUGUUAUUAAAAAGCUGUACGAGGAGGGCGGUAUAAGAAGGGUGUACAAAGGAACAGGAGCCACGUUGUUGCGAGAUAUUCCAUCGACAGGAAUGUACCUCAUGACGUACGAGUCCCUGAAAAGGAAGUUCAUCUCCCAAGAGCCCGACUCCGGAGGCCCCAGCGCGUGGCACACGAUUCUGGCCGGCGGCCUGGCCGGCGUGGCGUAUUGGACCGUGGGGAUUCCCGCCGACGUCGUUAAAAGCAGGGUGCAGGCCGCCGGCAUCGGGAUGUACGAGAGGGGCGUGAGGGACGCGUUGCCUGAAUUGCUCAGACAGGAUGGCGUCCGUGGUUUGUACAAAGGAUCGUUGGCUGUGUUGCUGCGCGCGUUUCCGGCUAAUGCAGCGUGCUUCCUGGGUUUUGAAUGCUUUAUGAAGUUACUGAAUUUCAUCGCUCCAGAUCCGUGA